AUGACCAGAUCGAAUGACAAAUAUCGGAAUACAGAAUACAAGGAGAAAGUGUGGAAGAAAAUUGCUGACAAUUUGGAGCUUGGAGAGGAACAACAAUUGUUGGCAAUCUGCCUGGACAUGUUUAUGGCUGGCUCUGAAACAACAAGCAAGUCUCUUGGCUUCUGUUUCCUGUAUCUUCUGCUGUACCCUGAUGUGCAGAGGAAGGCACAGCAAGAGAUCGACAGAGUUGUGGGCAAGGAGAGACUGCCAUCUUUAACUGACAGGCUUAACAUGCCUUACAAUGAAGCUGUGGUGUUGGAGUCCAUACGAUUGUUUAUGGGACGCUGUUUUGGGCUUCCCCACAGAGCUCUCAAAGAUACAACACUUCAGGGAUACAACAUUCCCAAGGAUACAAUGAUAAUUGUCAAUUUUAACUCAGUCAUGAUGAAUCCUGAGUUUUGGGACAAUCCUGACGAGUACAGGCCAGAGAGAUUCAUUAAGAAUGGAUGUCUUGAGAUACCAGAGUUUUACCUUCCUUUUGGUUUAGGGAAACAUCGCUGCAUAGGCCAAACCCUCGCCCGGUCCAAUGUGUUCCUACUGACCACCACUCUUCUACAGAAGUACGAUUUCUGCGUGCCCCCUGGACAAGAGCCCCCAUCGACCAAGGGUGUGGACGGAGCCACCCCUGGUACUGGCCUGUACAGUGCUAUGGUCAGGCCUCGUUCAGUUCUCUGAUCUUUCGUUCUCAAUACUGCUUUCUUAAGCUUCAUACUGAUUCUAAUUUAGAAAUAAUGAUUAGUAUAGACUUAGUUUAAGCAGAUGUUAAGAUACAACUCAGAGCAUAUUUGAAAAGUAAAAACAGUAUUAAUUAAACAGUAUGAUAUGAAGUUGAGACUUUUAGGUUACCUUCAGCAAAAUUAACCAAUAGAAUGUAAGUGGUUCUCAAACACCAAUUGUACCCUCCAAGACAAGCAUUUACAUGGUGAUGUGUUUGUCAUUCACUCUUUUAUGAUAAUUUCCAGAAGGAUAAAAAUAAAAUAAGCAUUACUUUAAGGUUAAGGUAUAACAAGGCUCAAUAUUCUUGCUUACAUUAAAAUGGUAAUAGAUAAAAAAUAACAGCUGUUUAAGAAUUAAUUAAGAAAUUCGUGAAAUUAGUUUGUUCUUAUAUGUAAGAGAGAGAUCAUAUAUUCCAGUCUGAGAACCACUAACCUGUAUUAUUAUUAGUAUAGUUUAUACACUAGAGUUUAACCAGCAUUUCAUUUUAUAGGAAGCCAGGUAGAGUGUGAUAACAAUAUAUAUUCAUCCACAUAGCUACUAUUAAAUAUUUAUAUUUUUAGAUUAUUACCAAGGAUAACUAUUUACUGUCAAAUGUAACUGAAAACUUUAGAUAUCCUGAAAUCAAAACUCGUUAUUUUUUAUGUAAUUAAAUUAGAUCAAUUCAGGAUUAAUCCUCUAUAUCAGAGGUUCCCAAACUUUUUUGGCCCACGGCUCCCUUUGAGUACAGACAUGGCUUUGCGGCGCACCUAGUAUAAUUUAUCCGUUUUGCAUUGCACUUACAUUACACUAAUUAAAUUUUUAGUAUAAACAUUUAAUAGUUAUUUGUUAUUAUACUUUACGUAGCAUUGUUAAUAAGAUUGUUAUUACUUUUUUAACAACACACCAGGUUUACCUUUUUCUUACAACGGUAAAAAACAUCAUUAAACACACAAAAGUUGGAUUGUACUUGAUUUAUUGCAAAAAAAUGUAAUAAUAAUAACUUAAAACAACCAUAAGAAAAACACGACUCCCUUUAUAAGAAAAUUCUAUAAUAGAAAUGAAAUGCUAACUUGAAAAAUAUUAUACAUAAAUAACAAAGUCCAUAAGUUUCUGUUUCAAUGGGACGGAUGCGCUUGUUUGUCUUUUAUAAGCUCAUUGUACCUGGGUGUAAAUUUUGAUAUAGCAACCCGUAUUUUCUUUUCAAUGUUAAGCUUUGAUCUAUACUUGGAUUUUAUCACUGCAACAGCGGAAAAACCACACUCGCAAAGGUAAGAACUUGCUAAUGGAAUAACUGCACGCAAAGCCUUUUUGCUCAACAGUGGAAAUUCGUUUUCAUUACCAUUCCAAAACUCAAACAGGGAUUGGGACUGAAAUUUUGAUUUCAAUGACAAGUCCGUUGAAAUGUCAAUUAGCUGUUCUGCAUCUUCAUUGCUGAAGUUUUAAGGUAUUUCAGUUUGAAAACUGGUCCGCACUGUAUUGUAGUAUGAUGACAUUUAGACUCUUUGGUAGACAACGGCGGUGCACCUAGCACUAGCUCGGGCGCCCGGGGGCGCCGCGGCGCACACUUUGGGAAACUCUGCUCUAUAUGGUUCCCUGGGCACACCCCAAUUAUAGCCCACAUUCAUGAAUUAUCAGAGCCAAAGACUGACUUUUUUAUUUAGAUUGCUUCAUUUAGGUUAGUUUUCAUUGACAUUAACUAAACAUUCAGUACAAAUGUAAUAAUCACAAUACAAAAGAAGAUAGUAACUAUCCUGUGUAUUGUAGAAUAACUUAAUAUUCUAUAUGAAUCUUCUCUUUUUUAGAUAAGUAUAUUUAUAUGAAACAUU